AUGCGAGAAGGUGAGACCCUGAAGGCCUACUCGGACAGGUAUUGGGAAAUGUAUAACGAGAUAGAGGGAAAUUACGAUGACGUCGUCAUCAGCACAUUCAAGAAAGGCCUGCCGACAGAGCACAGUUUAAGAGAAUCCCUGACUGGGAAACCGGUCACCAGCGUGCGCCAACUCAUGGACCGAAUCGACAAGUACAAGAGAGUCGAAGAGGACCAACAGACUGGAAAGGGCAAAGCGAAGUUUGGAUCCACCGAGGCACAGGCAGUCCAUGCUGUGUUCCAAGAACCACUACAUAAGAUCUUAGAGAAAGUGAAGAACGAACUGUUCUUUCAAUGGCCAAGUAGGAUGGCAGGCGACCUCACGAAACGUAACCAGAACCUAUAUUGUGAAUAUCACCAAGAGCCGGACCACACCACCGAUGACUGCAGGAAUCUGAAAAACCACUUGAACCAGCUGGUCCGAGAGGGAAAGCUGAGACACCUCUUGCAUCAUCCUGGUGGACGGCAGGAGUAG